GCAGCUGGCCGACCGUGGCUGGCUGAUGCCCUCACUCGCCACCGUGCACACGUGGUGGGGGUGGGCUAACAGACAUAUGCUUGGCCGACUCGUCAGCUCGUCCCGCUCCCUGCGGCGUGUGGACGGCAGCCUUGAGGGUGAGGACUGGGCGGGUGUGUUUGAGGGCAUCCCUGCGGCACCUGCUGGGCAGCAGGGAGGGCCACUCGCACAGCUGGACAAAAUCGGCACCAUCAAUCUCUCGAAUGACUGUCCGGCGGGCGUCGAGCGGCUUCAGGUGACCACAAAGGGAAGGACGGCAGCGCCCGUGGAUUGGCUCAUGAUGUCCCUCCUGUAUGUGUGUGUCUUCUUGUUUGCAGGAAGCGCUCGUUGCGCGUGGCUGCCGACGGUCACUCAAGGAGCUCUCCGUGUGCUAUGAGGGCUUCGGCAUCGACCGCCACAGCAUGCCCACACUGCUGGCGCUGGACCGCCUGGUCGGCACGUGCUGCCGACCAGACGCCCACCUUGAACUGGUUCACGUAAUCAGUUACGGCCGUUUCGGGUUCGACAUUUCCAUCUUCUACCACGACACCUUCCCCACCCAUCCCCCACCCUCAUUCAAGACCAUGAUGCAGCAGCUGGCGCAGGAGGCCAUGACGGUGAAGUACAUCUUCACUCAGGACAACCUCGACAACCUCGACAACCCCAGCCCAGCGGCCAUCGACAUCGCAUCCAGCCUGGUUUUCCGCACGUUCGCGGCGGUGGAGGUCGGCGACUUCGCUUUCCCGGGCACGCCAUCGUCCAGCCCCUCCAUCAUCACCCAUCUACAGCCGUUCCCGCAGCCCACUCAACCAGAUGUCGACACAGAGCUGUCUGUCCGGAGCGACCUUGGUUGUGCUGCCGCCCGGCUAUUCGCCACCAAGAUGCCAAAGAUGGUGGACUGGCUGUGGAUCGACAGUCUGUCAGAUGGGGAGAAGUUGGGAUUGCUGACGGCUCUGGGGAGGGACAGAGAGGUGGGGGCUACGGUGCACAUGAGGCAGGUAGACGUCGACCAGCUGGUGGGGGCGGCCAACGAAUUGCCGACGAUCAAGGAACUAGACUUCGAGCUGACACGUACGCCGAGAGAAGUAGGGUAGUGUGCCCGUCCGUCCUCAUUGCUGCCUUGUGUGUUCCCUCUCCUUCAGUGCCCGAUGGUGUGGAGGACGCCGGCAGCUUCGUCCGCACCCGCCUCUCGUCGGUGAUCCGGCACAUCAGGGGCCUGCGGCUUGUGGAGCUGUACGUCGGCACGACGACAGCUGAGCAGCAUGCUUCCAUCGAGAACUCCCUCCCUGUCGGCACCAACAUCGAGGGCUUCAGCGUCGAAAGCAUCAGAAAUGGGGGCACCCGAGUGACAAUAACUGCCCGGCGCAAUGCCUGAGGUGAGGGAAUGGCACUCAUUCACAAGAAGGGCUGAUGUUGGGACCGUCUUCGUGUCUGACCUCUGUGUGUGUGUGGUGGUGUCUGUCAGGCCGGCUGCUGUGUGUGGUGGGUCAUUCAUAGCGGAGAGGCAGUGGGGCCCUUCUCAGCUGACGACACUUGUGUGCUGCAUAGCAUAGCUGAGGGCCGUGUGUGUGUGUGUGGACGAGUGACUAGGUAGCUGUGCAGAAUUGACGGAUGAGGGCUGAUUGAUGCUGACGUGUGAAUGAUCGUUGGCAGAGAGAGAAAAUGAGCGCGUCAGGCCAAGGGAUGGGGACUUUUUUGGCUCCUCGUUUGCCAACGACCGACCAUCAGUGUGAUGCGUGUGGUGCAGACAUUUUUUGUGCCGCGCUCGCCUCUCUCUCGAUGACUCAUCGUGCUGUCUUACUCUACCGUCACACCCCGUCCCCUUCCCUCUCUCGACCGACCGACCCACCAGCGGUAGCAAUACGCCCAUCCGUCGAGACCCUCACGUGUCCGUGGGCGGUGGUCGAGUGACGGUGGGGGAGAGGGCAAAGACCAUCGAGGAGGCCCGCAAUUGUGAGUGCGUCGAAGAGCGUGACGGUGUAGACUGACG